AUGCCUACCAAGAACAACACCUCGAAACCCUCUAUUUUCCAGUGUGAACAGCCGGAAUGCCGUGGCAAGCGGUUCAACGACCAGUCCAAUUUCAACAGACACCAGAAAAGCGUUCAUGGUGACAAGGUCCCGAUGCCUUGCGGAAGUCUGAUUACCGACCGCCCAGACAACAUUCAGCGACAUCAAGACAAAUGUGGGGAAUGUCAGCAAAGCUCAGGGAUACCUUCGUCUUCUGUUGGCAACGGAACUGGACCAGAGAUAGCAUUCAAUGUCAGCAUUCCGGGCGCUGAACCUCAGUACACCGGCAUGUCACAAAUCAGCUAUCAGCAACUCUGGAUGCAACGCUUUCACGACGGCCAUCAGCAUGGCUAUCGCGACGGCUCGCAGGCCGGCUGGCAGCACGGCCAGUAUGCCUACCAGUCCGGCUACACGUAUGGCCACCAUUAUCUCCCACAGAGCCAACAGCAGACUACCCAGUCACUGAACGGUCUUCAGCAAAACUACCAGGACGGCUACCAGACUGGCUACCCGCAAGGCUACCAUGAUGGCUACCAUGAUGGCUACCAUGCUGGCUACUACCAGAGUCAUUAG